UAUUAUUAUAUAACCCAAUAAGAAGGUAUUAAUAAUAAGUUUUCGUCAUAAAAACAUCGUUUCUACUACCCAACAAGCGUCUGGUUUUUUCAUUUGUUUCGUUUAUUUAUAGCAGGCUUCUUUAAGUUUUCGUCUGUUCCACAUUGUAAGGAUUUUCUAAAAACACAAACGCGUGAUUCAUCUUCUUUGGCAUUUAUUGUUGUUGAAUCUUGGAUUGGUCAGCGUCUCUCUUACAGGUCAAGGUCGCUCAGGUCUUACAUAAGCAUCCUUCCAAAGAAAAUUCGGUAGUGACAGUUUAUUUUUCUCGAUACUUUAUAAGCUGUUCUUCAUUUCCAUCCUCCAAAUGCUUGCAACCAACACAUUUCGUCAGUUUUCCAGUAUGGCAAACAACUCGUCCAAAACUUUAGCAAAGGCAAUUGUUUACUCUGAAUUUGGAAACCCUCGAGAUGUACUUCGUACAGCUACUUAUCCUGUUCCCAAAUGCUCAGACAGUGAACUUUCCGUCCGUUUUUUAGCUUCCCCAAUUAAUCCCUCAGAUAUCAAUCAAAUCCAAGGUGUAUAUCCUUCACGACCUCCUUUUACUUAUGAGGUUUCUCCUUCCAAGCCAUCUGCCGUUGCUGGAAAUGAAGGUCUUCUUGAAAUCACCGACGUCGGUGAAAAGUUGAAGAAGUAUUUUUCUCCUGGACAAUGGGCUGUCAUGGCCUCUACAAACUUGGGUACCUGGAGAACUCGUACCAACUUGACUUCUGAUCAAUUGAUUCCUUUGGAUAAGACUGCUUUCCCUAGUAUCGCUGAAGCCGCUACGCUUACCGUCAAUCCUUGCACUGCCUAUUGUCUUUUACAAAAGAUCGUCCCCAUGAAUAGAGGCGACUGGUUCAUUCAAGACGGUGCAAAUAGCAUGGUUGGUCUUGCUGCUAUCCAACUUGGCAAACAUUUUGGUUACAAUAGCAUUAAUAUCAUCCGUAAUCGCCCCGAUGUCGACCAGCUUAAGGAACAAUUACACUCCAUGGGUGCAACUGUCGUACUUACUGACGAAGAAUUCAUGAAUCGGGCGUGGAUGAAGGAAAACGUAGGAAAAUGGACUCAAGGCGGUAAGGUCAAGCUAGGCUUCGAUUGCGUGAGUGGUCGAGUUGCUAGUGAAAUGGCAAAGUACAUGACCGAUGGAGCUACUAUGGCAACUUACGGAGCAAUGUCACGCCAGCCUCUUCCUGUUCCUGUGUCCUUGUUGAUCUUUAAAAAUAUUCAUUUCCAUGGAUUUUGGGUAACGAAGUGGAAAUCUGAACAUCCUCAAGAAUAUGAGAAACUUGUUCUUGAAAUCCAAGAACUAAUCAGGACAGGCGUCUUGCGUUCUGCAAAUUCAAAGCUCAUUGAUCUUCACGAAACCGCCGACGGGAAGACUUUUUACGACACGUUUUUAAAUGCUAUUGAACAGCAUGGAAAAUCUAUCAUUCAGUUCCGUUAUGACUAGACCUUUUUGUGCACGAAAGCUUACCACUAUAAUCAUGUGAAUUUGCUAUGAAUGAUACGAUGAUGAAAGCAAUUUGUUUCCUAUUUUAGUUCAAUUACUCUAUGAAUCAAUAUCAUAAAAGUGAAAACCAUCGUACUAACCCUAAAAAUUCUACCUUUUUUUCAUAUAACAAGAACGAAGCUAUCCAUUUGAACAGUAAACCUAUGUCAAUUCUGCCAAAC